CGGGUGCCGUCACGGCGCAUGCACAGUUUCAGCGCUAUGGCUUCUUGCUGUACUCGGCUGCUGAUGGGGUCUCGGAUCGCAGCCGGUUGGCUGUUGGGUCCUGGGCCCAGAUUUUACUCCGAGAAAGUGAGCCUGAAGGUUCUUUCCUCCUCGCCGAUCCGAGAUAUUAUCUACACUCAGGAUCAUGACAGUCUGAGAGAGUCGCUCCGGAAGAUAAUUGAGAAGAAAAUCAAUCCCUUUGUUGACAAAUGGGAAGAAGAAGGAAUGUUCCCAGCUCAUAGAGUCUUCAAAAUUCUUGGAGAAGCUGGCUUUCUGGGUGCUAACAGACCGAAAGAAUAUGGUGGCCUGGGUUUGGAUUUUAGCUACAAUAUUGCAGUGGCAGAAGAGCUAGGAAACAUCCGGUGUGGUGGAAUUCCAAUGGCUAUUGGCGUCCAGUCUGAUAUGGCAACACCUGCUUUAGCCAGAUUUGGCUCAGAGGAAUUGAAACGCCAAUUUCUUCAACCUACCAUCGCUGGGGACAUGGUAGCCUGCUUGGGAGUCAGUGAAGCUGGAGCUGGAUCUGAUGUUGCAAAUAUUAGGACAAAAGCUGUUAAGAAUGGAGAUGACUACAUAAUAAAUGGAGGAAAAAUGUGGGUAACUAAUGGUUGUCAAGCUGACUGGAUGUGUCUUUUAGCAAACACCAGUGACGGGCCUCUUCACAAAAGCAAGUCUCUUAUUUGUCUGCCUUUGAAGUUACCAGGAGUUAAUGUGGCUAGGAAGAUUGAUAAGUUAGGCAUGAGAUCAUCUGAUACAGCAGAGAUCUUUUUUGAAGAUGUCAGGGUUCCAAGAAAAUAUCUUAUUGGUGAUGAAGGAAUGGGCUUCUCCUAUCAGAUGUUACAAUUCCAAGAAGAACGUUUGUGGUGUGUUGCAUCAGCAUUGUUGCCGAUGCAAAACAUCGUACAAGAGACAAUUGAAUAUACACGACAUCGUAAAAUUUUUGGCCGGCCAGUGCUGCAUAACCAGUCUGUGCACUUUCGCCUUGCUGAACUUGAGACUGAAAUUGAACUUCUUCGUUCUCUUCUUUAUCGUUGCGUUGCUCGAUAUAUUCAAGGAGAAGAUGUGACCAGAUUAGUCUCAAUGGCAAAGCUGAAGGCAGGCCGCUUGAUUCGUGAGGUUACUGAUAGCUGUCUCCAAUUUUGGGGAGGCAUGGGUUUUUCCAAUGAAUUGUUGAUCAGCAGAAUGUAUAGGGAUAUGAGACUUCUGUCAAUUGGAGGUGGUGCAGAUGAAGUCAUGUUGUCCAUCAUAUGCAAGUACAUGGGAACUUUACCUGGAAGGACAUGAUUGAUUAAAACAAUAGCUAAAUCAAUCAAAGGACAAUAAUAAAAUCACAAUGUGUUUGCCUUAAUUUUUAGUGUUUUCCAUGUGUCAUUUUAUGAUUUUCAUGAAAGAUUUAGAAAUGGUUAACGUGAAGGAGUGUAGGUAAAUUCUAUACUGUGUGAUGUAUCGUCUUUUCUAGAAUGAUUAUGCUUUGGACAUGAAAGAUCAUUUUCACUUGUACUAAUGGUAUCUUUCAACUCAAAUAAUGAAGAAUUAUAUUUUAUGCAGUUUAAUCCAUUAUCUAACAUCAUACUUGGGAAGAAGCACUAUUUCCUUUUUUAAAGUAAUUAUACCUGGCUGUGUUAGUACUUAAUGGUAUUCGAUACCAAAGAUGUGAAAUUGUUCUGAACUAUGAAUUAUUGGAGCUUUUCCGGCUGGAAUAUUUGUCUAAAGCAAUUAACAGAUUUUUGAAAUUUAUAUAGUUUUGAUAGAAUUAAAUAAAGAGAUUUAUAGUGUCAUCAGUUUAAAAUUCUGGAUGGUUAUGUUGAGGGAAAAGCAAUUAUGCAGAGUACUACAGUACAAAUAAAUAUUUGAAUUGGAACAAACUAUUGUUCAGUGGAAAGAAAGGAUGUUUGUUUUUUUCUCUUUAAAUUCUUCUAGCUAAGACCUAUAAACCUCUUGUAUUAUUUUACCUUUUUAUGACAAAAGGUUUUGUAGUUCCACUGGCUUGCUACUGUUUAGGGUCACAAUCUUCUUAAACUCAGUGGUGUUUAUUAAAAGAGGUUUUGGAAUGUUGGGGAGUGACUCCAUUCAGUUUGUGUAAGUUAGCACUCAAAAUAGCCGGUGUCCAAUCUUAUACUGUGGGAAAGGAGGACAGAUCAAGCAAUUCCAAGGCCAGAACAGAUUUCUAAUAAUAUGUUAAAUGAACCUUAAUUAAUGCUAAGUCUCUAGUGGUAAGGGCAAUUUGGGAUAGUAGGGCUCAGUGAAAUUAGAAAAUACUUCAUAGAGUAUAUACUUAUAUUAAAGUAAUUAUAUAGGUAAAGUUUUGUGAAAACAUUUAACACAAAAUACUUGUGAUUGAUUGUUUUUUAAAACAGUAUGAACACUGGAUGGUAGUGUUGAAAUCCACUAUUCUGAUGUAAAAAUCCUGAAUCUAUCAAUCACAUUUUGGGAAAUUAAUCAAAAUGUUCCAGAUUGGAAUUCUAAUAGUUUGGCAAAAUAUUGGCCAAGAUGAAUAUGACCAAAUAUAAACCAUGGGUAAGAGAGAUUUUCGUUGGGAAGCUCUGGAGAAAAAAAAUUGUAAUUUCUCUCCUAUGUAGCACUUUAGACUAAAGUUGAAUGUUUUCUAUUCAUUAUCAUGUUGAUACCUUAAAACAGGGUGACAUAGUUGGUCCUAUAUUAUAUUUUAGUACAGUAUUAAACCUUAUAAUUUUAUAAUACUGGUUUAUCAUUUGUGUUACAAAUAAGAUGUUCUACUAGAGAACCUUUGAUUUAUAACCAAAAUUGUGAAAAUGAAGUAACAAUAAUAGAAUCUCCAAAAUAUGAUAUGGAAAAAUGAAAAAUAUACAGUCAUAUUUCUCUGAACUUGCUCUUCCUCAGUUAACAUAAAAAGAAACAUGUUUUUGUUACUAUCUCAGCAAUGUAUUUUACAUUAAUUUUAUGCAACAAUUAAAAAGGAAAAUAAGGAUGUGUGGGAUUAGUAUUUUGAAAUUCAUAUGGACUGUAUGAUUUUUGGUAUUAAACUGAAUAGUUACUUAAAAUGUAUUAUUUAAAUGAAAUAAUAAAGAA